AUGGACGAGGAUAGCGCAGCUGAAGAUGAAGCGGAGGCGGAGGAAGCGGAGGAGGAAGGGGACGCAGGGGGGAAAGCGGGGCGGGAUAUCCGCGUUUCUCGUGGAGGCGCGCGACAACAGCCGACAGGAGACCCCGAGUCUUCCGCCGGCAGCGCCGGCGGCAGCGCAAGGGAGCGGGGGGAACUAGGCAGAGGCGGUGGGGAAGGAGCGCGACAGGAAGCGGUAGCGGCGCGCAGCGAGGGCUCGAAUUGCACGCCGCAACCUGCAGGAAGUGAAAUCGCGAACGCGCCGAUGAGCGGGCGAGGGGGCGGGGUGGGCGGAAGGGUCGACGGCGGGGGACGGGGAGGCGGCGGCGGCGGGGGCGGAAGCGGAGGGGGGCACAUGGGCGGAAUCUCUUCGUCUAGGGAGCGGAAGAAGGGGAUUGCGUGGACGGAGGAGGAGCAUCGGCUGUUCUUGAUUGGACUGAGCAAGCUGGGGAAAGGCGACUGGCGGGGGAUCUCACGCAAAUACGUGACGACGCGCACGCCCACGCAGGUGGCGAGCCACGCGCAGAAGUAUUUCAUCCGCCAGAGCAACCUCAACAAGCGGAAGCGGCGGUCGAGCCUGUUCGAUAUAAGCACAGACGUGCUAGCGGAGGAGGCGGCGGGCGCAACGGUCAUGUCGCGAUCUAUGAGCACGCCGUCUCUCCCGUCGCUCCGCGACGAUCCCAAGUUUCUCCCUUCGGGAGCUUCCGGCGGUCUCACCGCCGUUUCUUCCGCCGCCGCCAUCUCCGCGCUUUCCCCCUCCGCCUCCGCUCUCGCCUCCCCGCAAUCGCUCUCCCACCACGCGCUGCAUCAGGCGCUUCCGCACGCGCGCGCAUUUUCCCGCCCGUACCAGCUCCCCAAUACCGCGCAAACCCUUCCCCCGCCCUCCUACAACCCGCACUCCUCUUCCGCCCAUCCGUUCGCCUCCGCCUCCUCCCCUUCCGCGCAUCCAUCCCCGCACCCCUUCGCCCCUUCCGCUUCCGCGCACGGCUUUCUCGAUCUGAGCCGUUGCCAGUCGUACCCCGCAGUUCACAUGCUAGAAAGCGGAAGCCCUUACGAUAAUCCCGCCCUCUCCGCCGCCUCCGCCGCCGCCGCCGCCACCCGUGGCGGCGCACUUUCCGCCGCAUUUCCGCCGCUCACGCGUCCCAUGUCCCUGCCGUCCCUUCACCCGCCCUCCAUCCCCGAGUCUUCCGCCGUUCCGCCGGUUGAUCUGGGCCCCGCGCACUACCUCCACUCCGCGCAUGGCUUUUCCGCGCAUCCGCACUCGCAGCCCCCACAUUGGCACCUCCACCCCUCUUCUUCCGCCAAUCCCUCCGCCGCUUCCGCCGCCGCCGCGCGCGCUGCUGGGCGCGGGCCGAUGGCGCUCGACUGGGCUAUGUGCGCCGGUGGCCCCGCAGGCGCGGGGAGUUCCGCCGCCGCCGCUGCAGCGAUGGGGCGCCAGGGGGGAGACACGGGCACGGGUGUUGUCCCUGGGGCGGGGGGCGCGGGCGCGGGGCUCGGCGCGCUUGCAGACGCGGCAGCAGCGCGGCACAGGAUUGGGCAUGAGAUGAUGAUGCAGAUGGGGCACGAAGCGACGGUCCAGAUCGGCCAUGAGCUUGCGCAACGGAUGGCCAGGAUGAGCCAGGCUGCCGAACGAGCAGGGGCGGAUGGGGGCGGUCCGAUGCUGCUGGGGGGGAGCAGCAACGUGGAGAAGAAGACAAAACUCGAGAGUGGCAUGGGUUUUCCUAGUAGUGCUGGUGCUGUGGCUGGCGGAAAUGCUGCUGCUCCUGGUGGGACUGGUGGGGCUGGGGCUGUCGGUUCUGCUGCUGCGGCCGCUGCGGCGGCAGCAGCUGGUGGUGGCUCUGCUUUCUCCCCUUUCCGAUCCGGAAUGCCAGCUUCUGGUCCUGCUGCUGCUGCUGCUGCUGCUGCUGCUGCUGCUGCUGCUGCAGGUGCUGCAUCGGCAUAUCUCUCCACCUCUCCACCCUCCACCUACCCGUACGGUCCCCUCUCGUCCUCUCCCCCCACCGGCUACUCCUACUCCUCCUUCCUCUGGCCUAGAACCACGUCGCACUUCCCGUCUCCUGCCUCUGCCGCUGCCGCGGCUGCAGCAGCAGCAGCACAGCAAGCAGCUUUCACUGCUUCUACCCCUGCCUCUGCCUCUGCCUCUAUGCCUGCCCCGGGUGGUGCCGCUGCGGGUCCUUCGGGAGGUGCUGCUGCUACUGGCCCUUGGCAUGUGUCUGGUGGGCAGGAAACAGCUGCUCAGAAUAGCCUUUCCCAGCCGCCGCUGAUGUCGAAUGCUUCUUCUGGUGUGAUUGCUGCUGGUGGUGUUCCUGCUGCUGCUGCUGCUGCUGCUGCUGCCGGUGCUGGUGGUGCUGCUACUGCUGAAAAUUGCUCUGUACCCACUACUACACUGCAGCUUUUUGACACAAGUCCCAAGGAUCUGGCUAUUGAGCACGCGCUGGUCACAGCGUUCGCAUCGGAGAGCCUAGCGGACAAGACAGUCGUCACCAUCAAUGGUGCCGAUGCCAACACCACCCCUGCUCGGCAAGGGAAGCAGCAGGGGCAAACCCUUGGGCGGGACGACAGCUGUAGCAGAGAGACUGCCAGUCCGUGGCUGUGCAUUGCGGUUCACAAUCUGGAUGCUGCUCCCAUGAGAGCGUCACCUGCAUGCAUCUCCCUGCUCGCCCUCCUUGCCGCCUGCCCUGCCAUCGCUGUCAUCGCCUCUGUCGACCAUGUGCUCUCCUCCGCUUUGUUUGACCGUCAGACCCUCUCCCUCUUCAACUUCGCCACCCAUCACGUGGUGACACGUGGCGCCUACACCAAGGAGGCGUCCGCCUUCUCCCCCGCCACUCUCUCCCACACGCCCUCCGCCUCUGCUGCAGCACAGGCCGCCCUGCUGGUCCUCCGCAGCCUCCCCCCCAACGCCUGCCAGAUAUUCACCCUCAUAGCACAGCCGUUUCUGUCUAGUGCUGGUGGUGGUAAAGGGAGAGGUAGUGGUGGCGGUUCUGGUGGUGAUGGGAGGGACGGCGAUGGGGAGGAGGAAGGCGGUGGAUCAGGCCAGAAGAAUCAGCCUCAAGGUGCCUUUUCUCCCUGCCCUUUCGCUUUCCCUGCCUCUGUUGUCCCUGCCCCUCCGUCCCCCCUGCUCCCUCGCGCCCUGCCCUUCGCCCAGCUCUACUCCCUCUGUCGAGCGCGCUUUCUGGUUACCAGCGAGGUAACGCUGCGGGCGCAUUUGAGGGAGUUUGAGGACCACGCUUUGGUGAGAACAUUCAGGCAGGCGGAUGGCACAGAGAGCGUGGGGCUGCUGCUGCCUGUCCCGGCACUCGCCCAAGUCAUGGAGCAGCUGGGGGGGAAAUGA